GCGGCUCGAGGCGGGCGGCGUGAGGAGAGAGGAGCGGCUCCAGGCUGAGGGAGGACAGGCCGGAGCGGAGCGGAGCGGCGAUGCGGGCACAGGCCGCAGUAUGAGGGGAGCGGCGCUGCUGCUGGCGGCGCAGUGGGUGUGGAGCGCGGCGCUGGCGGUGGCCAGACCCGGGGCCGAGGCGGAGAGCGAGGCGGAGAUCGAGGUGGUUGAAUACCGGCAGCGGGACAGCGGCGGCGGAUUGGUGCCCGCAAACACCUCCCUCAGGCUGCACGGCAGCUUCGCCGGUGCCGGCAUGAGUGUGGCCGCCGAGGGCAAACUGCUCCAGUUCCACCCUCUGUGGCUGUGUAACACCAGUGAAGAUGAACAGCAGGACUACAUCUUUGUCAGUAUGGUGAAGCUGGAGAGUCCCGAUCGAGAUCCGCAUCCCUGUCUGUCUCUGUUCAACAAGGCUAAGUUUGCCAUCCAGAGGGGAGCGACAGCCGUUAUCUUUGACGUGACCGAUGACCAGACUGCGGCUGAUCAGCUGAAGGAGAACGAGGAGGAGCUGCUGUCCCGGCCGGUGAUUCUGGUCCGAGGCAAUGACGCUGCCCAGCUCAUGAGGGUUAUCAACACUAAUGGAGAGGCUGUGGUUCGCAUUCAUGUCAAGGGCAGCACGUUGGGGAGACCAGCCUACGAUGUUGGAAUACUGAUGACUCUCAUCGUUGCCUUCUCGGUUGUUGUCAUGAUCCUGGCCGUCCGCAUCAAGUGCAAACAGACACGGACACGGGACUCUCUACAGCAGCAGACACUACGAGCCAUCAGCCGGUUGGCCACACGCACGUACCGGUCUCGCUGUCGGGCUCAGGGUCUCGAGCGCCCGGGCACAGACUCGCGCAGCAGCAGCGCCUCGGAGCCCGUCUGUGCCAUCUGUCUGGAGGAGUUUGUGGACGGACAAGACCUGCGAAUAAUUUCCUGUUUCCAUGAAUUCCACAAGGAAUGUGUGGAUCCCUGGCUCCACCAGCACCGCACCUGUCCUCUCUGCAUGUUCAACAUUAUUGAAGGAAGUGCUGUGGUUUCUCAGCAGGAUGUGUCAGGCCGGGCCUCUCAGCCGCCUCAGCUUAACCAGCGGAUACACUUACUGCGACGCUACCCCGGCCUGGCUCACCUCCACCGGCCUGGUCCCACCGUGCCCCCCAGCACUGCCCGGCCCCCAGGCACACAUGCUGCCCCCCCAGGGUACUACUUUGUUGCCCCCGAGGUCUAUCAAGUCGGAUUCAAUACCAUGCGCUACGUGGCAGGCAGAGGGCAUCGUUGCAGCUACCGUCACACAGAACCUCAGGGCCCUUCAUACCGGCAUCAUCGCUCCUCCUCAGGACCCAGGCCCCACCAACCCGACCAGCGAGUGUGUUUACACCGACAGCGCCAGCCCCACAGCUGCCAGAGAACAGCCUCCGCGCAGCACCUCCAGCCCCUGAGCAGCCACAGCAGCUGCACUGGGGAACACUACAGUUCACACUCUGUGUGCAGUGGCUACAUGGCUGACAGCCCAGGCAGCGACUCCAGCUCCGGCCCCUGUCACUGCUCCUCCAGCGACUCCACACUAGACUGUACCGACAUCAGCAACCAGUGUGUGUACGGCAGCCAUUCCACCUUCCGCAGCUCACUGAGCAGCGAGUACGACCCUCUGGUGUACUGCGGCCCCGACACGCAGAGUGGGGACGGUCUGGGCUUCGGUGAGCACAGACCUCGCUCGCUGGAGUCGGCUUCCGAAGCGCUGGACGACCAGGUCCUCAGUCACACUCACUACCAUCAUCACCGGCACCAUCACUACCGAGCCCCGCCUCGCCACGAGGAGGGGCAGCUCAGGGGCAGUGCAGGGCGGAGCCUCACACAGCCCCGCACAGGGCCAGAGGAUACGAGGGAGGAGCAGGAGGAGAGGACCAAGUGCUGCCUGGCCCACCUCCCCCCACCCACUCCCCCCGCACAGCCUCACUACCCCGAGGGACCCCAGCUGCUCUCCCCGGAGGUGGGGCUGGGGGCGGGGCUUGCACUAAACCCACCCCUGACAGGAAGGCCCCCCGCAGGAAAAAGAAGAAGAAUUCUCCACCCGAGGCCGCUGUGACUUAUUUCCCAUCGACCUGCGAGAACCUGGAGGAGUGCCGCGUACACAUACACUACAGGGCCAGCAGGGGACAGUCACACCGGCCCGAGCUCCAGCCUGUGAUGGUGGGCAGUGCGGGUUCCACAGAAUGGCUGUACCCGUUCUGUGACUGCCCGACUCGGCUCUGCCAACAGCACCUGUACCGUGUGGGCUCUGAGCCGCAGCUCAGCCACCAGCUCCCAGACCCCUGCUGUGGGACCGGCUGCUGUAACAGGGACCCAGCACCCACCCACCACUACUGUUGCCAACCACUGCCCACAUACCCAGGUUACGAAUCGGACAUUGAAGAGUUCCGCGAGGAAGCGGGAAGCAAAGGGUACGAGGAGCAGGUCUGAAGGAACUGUGUAAAGGGCGGCACAUGGAGACACUAACCUGCGGAGCGGGGGCUGGUGUGGAGACGCCGUGUAACUAGCUCACGUGAAGGAGAAGCCAUGGACCUGGUGGGAAUGUGUGGAGACACCAUGCAGCCUACGUCACAAGUUAGAGGAGAAUCCUAACUGGCGACACCUGUAGACACAGUGUGUAUACAUGGUGGCUGGUGCAAGGCCCAGAGUGUGGUCACACUGUGUAGCCAAAGGGACGAGAACCAAUGCGGUGACAAGGAGUUUGAAAGCAUCCGUUGGGGUCGGUUGGUCGGUGACUGUCUAUGGGAUGGAAACUGCCACAGCCGCGGUGCCCGUCCAGCAACUCCCAUGAGGAGACUCUUGUCCAAUCGUUCCUGAUCCCAAACUGCCUGACAGCAGCUCGUACUACUGUGGGCUCAGCCCCCGCCUAGGCCCUUCUCACUGUCAGGUAGUUGAAGCACUUAAGAAAAAUAUAGCCUUAAGAAGGGGCCUUGGGUUUGCCAGGGCUAUCACUAUAUUUUGGGUACUUUGUAUUAAAAAAAAGUUUUUAAAAGUGUAUUAUAUUUGUAUAGAAAGACAUUUCAUUAUGGUAAUAUGUUCGUAAUAUAUUUAUUUACUAAUAUAUUUAUCCUGUAUCAGGUCUGUAAAGUGCCUUAUCCAUGACCAGUCUCAUCACUGACCUGAUGGACAAGGUCUAUCCAGAUUACGCUCAAAUAAAUUAUUUUGAAUUA